CUUUCUUCUUUCAUUAAUUUCUCUCUUAUCUCAACUUCUAAAUAAAAAUUUUCUACUAUCACUAAAGAAAAAAAAAAGAACUUUGUUUAAUUUGUUGAUUAGUCUUUUCUCUCAAUUAAUUGAAGAAAAUGAGAAGAAAUUGUAAUUUGGAGCUCACUCUUAUGCCUCCUUCUAUUUCAGAUAACUUUUCUUCUAAGAAUUGCACUACGGAGGAUCAACAAUUGGAGAAUAAGCAAUCGCAACAGCUAACCAUAUUUUACCAUGGAAAAUUUGUGGUUUCCGAUGCUACUGAGCUUCAGGCUAAAGCUAUAAUAUAUCUUGCAAGUAGAGGAAUGGAGAUGAAAACAAACAAGAUGUCUGAGCCUUCAUCACCAUUAUUACAACCUCAAACUGUGAAGAAAUCUCUACAAGGAUUUCUACAAAAACGAAAAAAAAGAGUUCAAGCAACUUCGCCAUAUCACAAAUAGCACUUCGCCUUAGUUUUAGUUCCAUUUGUUCAUAUAUUUUUAUUUUUGGUGUUACUAAUAUCAUAGAAGUGAUAUUAGCAAGUGUAUCACUUAUUUUACUGAUUUGUCAAUACAAAAAUCUCUCAUUUUAUCUUAUUAGCUUA